GGAGCUCGAGAGUGAGUGAGUGGCUGAGUGAGUUUACCCCUAUGAGGCGGUGAGAGGCCCGGGGCCUACCUCAGAGGAGCGGGGUCGCGGCGCCAGCUAGCAGCGGGCCCCCUCCCGGUCCCCGGGCCCGGCGGCGCGGCGGCGGCUUAGUUGUGAGGAGGCGGGGAAGCGAGUGUCCGACCCCAGCCAUGGAGGGCAUGGACGUGGACCUGGACCCCGAGCUGAUGCAGAAGUUCAGCUGCCUGGGCACCACCGACAAGGACGUGCUCAUCUCCGAGUUCCAGCGGUUGCUUGGCUUCCAGCUCAACCCGGCCGGCUGCGCCUUCUUCCUGGACAUGACCAACUGGAAUCUACAAGCAGCAAUUGGCGCCUAUUAUGACUUUGAGAGCCCAAACAUCAGUGUGCCCUCUAUGUCCUUUGUUGAAGAUGUCACUAUAGGAGAAGGGGAGUCAAUACCUCCUGAUACUCAGUUUAUAAAAACAUGGCGGAUCCAAAAUUCUGGGGCAGAGGCCUGGCCUCCAGGGGUUUGUCUUAAAUAUGUCGGGGGAGACCAAUUUGGACAUGUGAACAUGGUGAUGGUGAGAUCGCUAGAGCCCCAAGAGAUUGCAGAUGUCAGCGUCCAGAUGUGCAGCCCCAGCAGAGCAGGAAUGUAUCAGGGACAGUGGCGGAUGUGCACUGCUACAGGACUCUACUAUGGAGAUGUCAUCUGGGUCAUUCUCAGUGUGGAGGUGGGUGGACUUUUAGGAGUAACGCAGCAGCUGUCAUCUUUUGAAACGGAGUUCAACACACAGCCACAUCGCAAGGUAGAAGGAAACUUCAACCCGUUUGCCUCUCCCCAAAAGAACCGACAAUCAGAUGAAAACAACUUAAAAGACCCUGGGGGUUCCGGGUUCGACUCCAUCAGCAAAAACACAUGGGCUCCUGCUCCUGACCAAACCGAGCAAGAUGAGAAUAUACUCUCACAGAACUCUGUAAAUCUGUCCCCCAGCAGUCACGCAAACAACUUAUCAGUAGUGACUUACAGUAAGGGGCUCCACGGGCCUUACCCCUUCGGCCAGUCUUAAACGGGUGUCAGCAAGAAGAAAAAUUAACAAAAGACAGAAGGCUUGACUCUGGGGGGGAGGGCAAGGGGUUCCUCUGGAUUGCAGACCACAUCGCAUGGACCCCUGGCUCUGACCCCCAUCCUGGAAGAAGAGGAAGAAUCAGAAAGACUAGUUUUGAGUAAACUCAGUGUGCGUGUGUGAAUGCCGAAUCGCGGGAGUGGUGUUGAGGCUACCAAGAAGAAAUCCAUGCAGCCACUUCAGGUUUUGUUUAUUAGGUGUCAGUCUAACAAGUCAUUAGGUUGCUCGGGAAGGAAAAACAUGUUUAAAAUGGGGGAAAAAAGCCAUCUUUUUAAACAAAAAUUAUUUUGCCUACAGACAGGUUGUAGUUUUGAGCACAUGUUAAUUUUUUCCUCUUUCCCCACUUUUAUUUUUUUAGAUAAGGGAUAACAUGCUGUUUAUAGAAUAGCUGCUUGCUCUGGAAGCAAUUCAGGUGAAAAGCUGGCAUGGCCUGCUUGGGGACUCUGCGAGUCAGUGCCAUGGGAGGUCACCUGCCAUGCCACCUGACUCCACGAGUGCUCUGACCCUGUUUGUUUUUAAUGGCAUCAGCCUAUGAGUUAUCAUGCUUUUCCUCUUCUUUUCUCUUUAAUCUUCUGUUGAUUAAUACCUUCUGACAUUUGUAUUCGUCAACCCUGUGGCUUGUUACCAUCAGAACCUCUCUGAAGACCAAACUUCCCUUUGUGGCCAGCAGAGGACGCCUUGAGGACAGAUCUCAGGUGACGUGGGAGUUUCUGAGGCCGAGAGGAGUCCGCCUGCACACAUUUGUAACAAUUCAAAUUCCUUCCCUUCCACGUUUCUCUCGCCGAAGAGACAUGCCAUCACGCUUACUGCUCUUUUGGAUUCUUCAUACACAGUGGCUCCCCGUUCGCUCUGGGAAUGGCACGCGUGUGCCGCGUAUAUGCGUGUGCCGUGUGUACACACACACGGGUGUUGGUGCCACUCACCAGCGAGUGUGCAGUAGGCGAAUGUGAAGGUGUCCCAUGCUUCUCUGUUGUCACACAACUCCUUUCCCUAUGUUUCCCUCCAGUUGUCCUUUGAGAUGUUUUCACAGCCUGUUAGUGGAGGCUGAGCUGUUAAGGUAUGAAAAUAUACCCCCAGAUGGGGAAUUUGCCAUGGGGAAGGGCCACACUUAGUGGCUGUGUGAUCUUGGAGACCACAUUUUGCUGGGAAUGAAAGGACCCCCCGCCCUGAGCCGGAUGCUUAGUUACUGGGAGGUGGCGGGCAAGGGGCAGCCCGGCCAGAGCACAGGCUGAUGGGCUGGCUGCUCACUGGGACAGGUGGCCCCACUGGCAUCCUGUGGAUCCCAAGCAGGUUGAGAUGUGGACCUCUCCAUGGGAAGCUUAAGCCAGGCCAGAACAGCUGUCUGCCAAAGAUACAAGAAUAUGCAAAGUCCCUCUUCUCACCCCCUCCUUCCCUUGAGUCUUGGUUCAUUUGAUAGCCAGGGAUACGGAUCUAGGGUGCGGUUGCUGGGUCACCUGCCUGUUACCUCACCCCCACCCACCCUGGGGGUGUGAGACAGCAGGGAGGCCAGGUCGAUGAGCGGCUGCAAGGGGUCAUAUAGCCUGGGUGUGGGUGAGGGUCUGCCUGCCUGUCUGUUUCUGUCUGGGUGUCUGAGUUCUGAAAACGUGUGUUGUUUGUUCCUCCUCAUCCUCUUCUGAGACUCUUGUUUUUUUCAAGCUUGAUGGUGAGAGAAAAGCUUGUAUGAAAUUCCCCGUUUGCCUCCCCACCUCCCCCCCCCCCAAAUAAAAGGGGGAGUAACUUGGUUCACUGGAGAAGCCCCAGGGGAGGGUGGAGGCUGCCUGCUGAGAGGGCAGUGGAGCCGGGUCUGGGCCUGGACUAGAGGUCACACUGGAGCACCUACUUUCUAUGCACACAAAGGGCACCCCAUUCCCAGCAGAGCCAAGGGGAGUCCCUGCCAGGUGCCCAGGCCACCACAGGUCCAAUCCAGG